CUAGCGAUAAUGCGUCACAAGUAGAUACUGGAAAUUUUAUGCGUUACUAUAAUAAUCACAAAAACAAAAUGCAUUCACAUCAAACGGAUUCAUAUGAUUCAUCAAUGCACUCGGGCAGUAUUUCAUCGAUAGAAAGGCCUAAUGGAGGCGCAUUAGCGUUGCAUUAUGCAGCAGCGCGAGGUUGUUUAGAUUGCGUGCAAUUAUUAGUAGCAGCAUCACCAGAUAUUUGCGCCAAUACGCAAAUGGACAAUGAUGUUACACCGGUUUAUUUGGCAGCGCAAGAGGGGCAUUUGGAGGUGCUCAAGUUUUUGGUGCUUGAAGCUGGCGGUUCAUUAUAUGUACGGGCACGCGAUGGUAUGGCACCGAUACAUGCCGCUUCACAAAUGGGUUGCUUGGAUUGUCUUAAAUGGAUGGUUCAAGAUCAGGGAGUUGAUCCUAAUUUGCGUGACGGUGAUGGUGCGACACCGUUGCAUUUUGCCGCAUCGCGUGGACAUUUGUCUGUUGUGCGAUGGCUGCUUAAUCAUGGCGCAAAAUUAUCACUGGAUAAAUAUGGCAAAUCGCCCAUUAAUGAUGCAGCUGAAAAUCAACAAGUUGAGUGUCUCAAUGUGUUAGUGCAACAUGGUACAUCAGUUGAACACAAUAUGCGUCAAGACAAGAAUACCUCACAGAGACAUAGCAAACCGUCAACUAGAAAUCAGCAGCAGCAGCAGCAGCAGCAACAACAGCAACAGCCGCACCAGCAGCAGCAACAACAACAACAACAACAACAACAACAAAAGCAGCAAUCGCAUUCAAACAUUAACGGUCAUAAUAGCCAUGGCAGCAGCAAUUCGGUCAGUAGCAAACAAACCAGUCGCAGCAACACAAUCAAAUCAAAAUCAUCUUCAACGAUGAGUUCGGAUCCAGAGCCUUUCUAUUUACAUCCGCCUUCGACAUUAGCAGUGCGUAGUAAAAAUAGUGAAACCUUAUACUCGCCGCAAUCACAACACUCGCAAACUUCAUCGGAGAAAAUCUAUAAUGGUUCUCUAGUACCAACUAAUGAUGGCCUCUACGUUAAUCCGAUGCGUAUGAAUGGUAUUUACGCGCCGCCGUCACCUAAUGGCAGCAUGUCUGGCGAUUCAUUUUUUCUGCAUGAUCCACAAGAGGUUGUAUACAAUCGUGUCAGAGAUCUCUUCGAUUCAGAUAGUAGCAGCGUCAAGCAUUCGAAUCCUCAUAAACAACAGCAACAACAAAAGCAUCAUCAACAUCAUCAACAACAACAUCAACACGGUUCACAUCAUCAUAACUCCAAAAAUUCUUCAUCAACGAAUUCAACACCUUCCACUACGGCUAUGACCAUACAAGCCGAUGUGCAUUCCAGUUCAAGUGGGGGUGGCAGUGGUUCUGAGGAAUCUAUAUCCAUAGCGUCCAGUUUAAAUUCACCCAAAGUUCAAUUACAUCGUAAACACAGUUUUAAUCAUCAAACCAAUAAUAGCAACAGCAAUAACUAUCAACAUCAGCACAACAAUAAUAAUAAUAAUAAUAAUAAUAAUAAUAAUAAUAAUAACAAUAGCAAUGUACUAAAUAAUAAUAAAACAAAUUCUACUGCCAACAAUAAUAAUAACAAUGCAUCAAAUAAUUUAUUAAUACAUCAAAACAAUCAUAAAAAUAAUAAUAAACAUAACAACAACAGCAACAAUAACAAUAACAGUAAUAAUAAAUCAAAUUCGCAUGAUCAUGAUUACGAGGAUAUUUAUUUGGUGCGUGAGGAGGCUCGCAAAAAUCAACAAAAAAAAUAUAUUAUUGGUCGGUCAAGAUCUCGAGAUAGCGGCUCACAUUCGAGAUCGGCGAGUGCUUCAUCAACUCGCAGUACCGAUAUUGUUAUGCAAUACAGCAAUCAUAAUCUCAAUAAUAAACGAGACGCGAAUGUAUUGAAUCGUAGUAAGUCGCAAUCGGCGACCGGACUUCAUAGUAAAUAUGAAUCAGCUCUACGUUCGAAGGACAAUUAUAGCGGUAAAAAUAUCAACUUGAAAAAUCAAUUAAAUAGCGGUAUUAAAAGCGAUACGUAUGAGAGUGUAUGCCCGCCAGAAGACGUUGUUGAGCGAACUAAACAGGCGAAUAAGAAUUCCGUUAUACGUAACAAUUUGGAUAAUAGCAGCAACAAGCAUUACAGCAGCAACUCAUUGAUAUCAGCAAAUUCCAAUUCUAGCGUUAACAACAUUAACAACACCAAUAACAAUCAUAAUACACAUAGUGCCAAUAGCAGCGGCAAUAAUCAUAAUAACCAUCAUAACAACAGCAACAGCAACAGUAACAGCAACAGCAGCAGCAAUAGCAGCAGCUGUAAUAAUCCCAAUAAUAUUAAUCGUAACUUGAAACGAGUCUCGUCAGCACCACCAAUACAAAAUCAUGCAGAAGUCGUAAAUGGCCCGCCGCCUCCACCUUUACCGCCACCACUACGAUCACCGGCUCAUCAACACGGAGAUCAUCAUAACAAUAAUUUCAGUUUCAAUUCAAAUCAAUCAAAUUCUUUGAAUUCAUGCCAUCGCACGUCCAAUAGUAACUUGCAUUCCGAUACCGGAAUGGAUUCAGAUUCUGGCUUAGAAGUAAUUGAAGAGCCGAGUCUUAGACCAUCCGAAUUAGUCCGCGGAAAUCACAAUCGCACUAUGUCAACUAUUUCAGCGAACAAGAAAGCCAAAUUGCUUAAUGGUGGUACAGGAGUGCAACAGCAAUCAUCUGCUGCGGCAACUGCAGCGGUAAAUGGAGCCAACAGUAAUGGUGAAAUUAACAAUAAUCAUCAUCAUAACAACAAUAACAACAAUAACAAUAGCAACAGCAAUAAUAACAACGUUAGUAAUAACAAUAAUAUUAGCAACAACUACAAUAGAAAUCAUCAAUAUGAACAGCAACAACAACAACAACAGCAACAACAACAACAACAUUGCAUUCAGAACGGUAGCUAUGGUAGAAAUCCAAACCAUUACCAGCAAUUGCAGCACAACGGCACAGGCAAUAGUGGUGGUGGCAUUAACAUUGGCAACGGCAAUCACCAAGCAUACACCGCACAUCAUUCGCAUCACUAUCAGCAGCUUAAACAGCAACAGCAUCAGCAGCAUCAAAUAUACAGUUCAUCGGUUGAAGAUCAUUACGAAUUGACCCAUUACGGACAUAGUGUGACCGGACGACCUGGCGGACCAAAUUUAGUAAACAAACAGUUGGUCUUACCCUUUGUUCCGCCCAGUUUUCCAAAUAACUCACAGGAUGGCGUUACUCAUCUUAUAAAGCCAUCGGAAUACUUGAAAAGCAUCAGUGAUAAGCGUUCGUGUCCCUCAUCGGCGAGGUCGACAGAUACUGAAGAUUAUAUGCAAAUACAAGUGACUAAUCAGCAUUCGACUACGAUUGAACCGCCCAAGCCACCGCCACCUCCUCCAUUGCCUUUAACACCAUUAACUCAUCAUAACACCAUACAGAAUAACGAUCGCCAUCAUAAUUCAAAAUCAAUAAACACCCAUACGCAAAGCCAUCAUACAGACACAACUAUACGAAAACAGCAUCAGCCCCUCUCAGCCAUUUCUAUACAGGAUUUGAAUAGUGUUCAAUUGCGUCGUACCGACACUCAAAAGAUACCAAAACCGUAUCAAAUGCCAGCACGAAGUCUCAGCAUGCAGUGCUUAUCCUCCACAACAGAUACUUAUUUGAAAAGUGAUUUAAUAGCUGAACUUAAAAUCUCGAAGGAUAUACCGGGAAUUAAGAAAAUGAAAGUUGAAAAGCAAAUGGCAAAUCGUUUCGAUUCGGAACAUUAUACCGAAAUAACGAAACAAUUUACGGCAUCCAAUUAUGUCGAUCAAAUAUAUUUUCAGAUACCGGAAAGAGAUCAAGCUGGGAAUAUCAUACCCGAUUGGAAAAGGCAAAUGAUGGCUAAGAAAGCGGCUGAAAAAGCUAAAAAAGAAUUCGAAGAGCGUAUGGCUAAAGAGGCCGAAAAUCGAAGAUUAUCUCAGAUACCGCAAUGGAAACGUGACUUGUUGGCCCGUCGUGAGGAAACUGAAAAUAAGCUUAAGGCAACAAUUUAUACACCCAAGGUGGAAGAAAACAAUCGAAUAGCGGAUACUUGGCGUUUGAAAAAUCGAGCAAUGUCCAUCGAUAAUAUUUCGAUGGUUUCUUGUGCUGCCGACAUAUUCUCCGGCAAUAUGACUAAUAACAAUAACAAUAACAAUAAUAAUAAUAAUAAUAAUAAUAAUAAAGAAAAUUCACAAGGUUACGGUCAAAAUGGUAUUACUACUAAUGGUCAUGGCGUUGACAAUCCUAAUGAAACACAACAGCAACAGCAACAACAACAGCAUCAUGUUGAUACCGAUAAUGAAAAUAUUAUACCGUGGCGAGCUCAAUUAAGAAAAACCAAUAGCAGACUGAGUUUAGUUUAAUACGGGACACGGGAAACCAUAAGCCCAUAUGCAAAUGAAGAGAGGAAGAUGAGAAUUUCAAUAUAUGAUAAAAUGUUUAAAAUGAUUCCGUUAAUCGAAUGUAUUCGCUUUCUUUUUAUAUAUGUUAUUAAAAUCGAAC